AUGAGUCGCCGAGAUUCGGAUGCCAGAGACCCAUUGUCCACCAAUGGACUGCCUGUACUGGUAGGAGUAGAAGCACCUCCUAGACGGUCUCAGCGGAUAGGAAGCACCUCUUCAAACGGAUCGAAAAAAGUGACAUAUUCGAUUCGAGAGCGAUUGCUCGAUAAUGACCAGGAUGAUCUUAUCAGUGAAGCAUGUGCUUCGGAAAUAGCUGCUGGAGACGACGACGAUGAUGAUGACGACGAUAGUGGGGAUCCAUUGAGGUACGAGUUUCGAGCACUGCCUCGAAACCAGCGACCAUCGCCUCAUUUUGCCAUGUUAUGCUUAUUUUUGAUUAUUCUUGGCCAGGCUAUUAGUGUGACUUCACAUUUAGAUGCCAUUGUGUUAUUAAUAUGUCGUCACCAUUUUCCUGAAAAAUCAACUGGCUUGACGGUGCUGUCAGGAUCAACUUCUCCUCUAGAUGCUGAUCCUAGAUGCCGUCAGUCGAACAUUGCUGCUGCUGUAGCCACUUUUGCUGCCUAUCGAGGUGUUAUCAGUGGUGUUAUUGGCACCAUUGUAUCUCCAAGAGUAUGUGCAUUCUCCGAUAGAGUGGGAAGAAGGCCUUUACUUAUUUACACAGGACUCACUAUUGCUCUGGCCGAUCUAAUAAUGGUCGUCUGCUGCAAAUAUCCAAAUGUCAUGGACUAUAAAUGGAUUCUAGUUUCAGCAGUGCUAACUGGAUUCAGUGGAACCACUCUCGCAGGCUGUUUAUACUCUUCGUACUUUGCUGAUUGUAUCAGACCAACAGUGCGUCCCAAGUACUUUGCUUGGGUAGAAGCAUCUGUCAACACCGGAUUAGCUCUAGGGCCUGGUAUCGGAAGUAUGCUCCUCUUGAAGUUCAACUCAGUUCCCCUCGUGUUAUCCAUCACAUUUCUUGUUUCUUUGAUUUAUACCGCUACAGUGUAUUUCUGUGUCCCAGAAUCAAGAACCAUUAAAGCCAGAAGACAGUCUCAAACAGCCUAUACCAGUGCGAUAAAUGAGAGAAGACAAAGACAUUUAGAACGCGACUCCAGUCUCCUCGAGCAGUACCUGGAUGCCAUUAACGUAUUCAGACCACUGGCACAGCUGUCCUUCCCACAUAUUGACAGCAGAAGAGACCUUCACAAUGCCUGGUUAUUAAUUAUAAUUGUUACAGUUCCAUCUGGUCUUGGUGUGGGUUUGUCUCAACUCUUCGUCAUGUAUCCAGAAACUGUGUUUAAAUGGACAUCAGUCCAAACUGGGUACCUGUUAUCAAUGAUGGGCACUAUCAAGUCGUGUUCACUAGCAAUUGUUUUUCCCAGUUUUUACCGAAUACUGGAAUAUUUCUGGAAUGCCCGAGUAGACAAGCUCGAUAAAAUCGAUGCUGUGCUCGUUCGCGUAGGAAUUAUUGGCUACUCAAUUGGAUACUGUGGAGUAGCCUUGGCCCGCCAAGGGUCUAUUUUCACAAGUGGUAUUGCCACUGCCGACUUGUUCGUUGGUAUCUGGGCACCAGCACUCAAAAACGGUAUUAUCAAGUACGCAUCGAAGGACGAUGUUGGCGAGGUAUUUGGUGCAUUGGGCAUGCUAAUUCAGAUCUCCAGCAUCUUCUGUCCAUUUGUCUUCCUAACUGUAUUCAACAAAACCCUCACAACACGACCACAGCUUGUUUUUGAAAUUGUCGCUGUCACACUGGUCACUGUAUGUUUCCUGACGCUGCUGCUGCGACCAGGACGGACCCGUCACAACAACCGCUACAAACACCGCAAGAACCUCAUCCACAGCUGGCUCGACAGGCCCCACGAGACUGACAGUCUCUUGCGACGCGACAGCGCUUCGACCAGCUACAACACCUAG